GCACAUCGAUUUGUGGAAGGCCUGAAACCAAUGGUUGCUCAAGAUGUGGAAAUUGUGUCAAGGGGUCAAUUCAGCUAUGCUCAAGUUGUCGAAAUGGCUCUUACGGCUGAGCGGAGUGAAAACAAAAUUUGGAAGGAAAAUGCUGCCAUGAGAGAAUCUAAGAAAGGUGGAGCCAAUUCUAAUGACCACAAGAAACGGGGACAGGACCAGUCCGGGCAGCGAAGUCAAGACAAGAGGUACAAAAGUGAUAACGACCAACGAUUUAAUGGCAGCAGUGGGCGAAACAUUCCAGAAUGCCCUAAAUGUACCAAACGUCAUCUCGGUGAGUGUCGCGCAAAAGCAUGCUACAAAUGUGGAAAAGAAGGACACAUCAAACGCAAUUGCCCACUGUGGGGACAGACUGGGAAUAGAGCAGAACCCAAGAAAGAUGACAAGUAUGUUCCAGCCAGAGUUUUUGCCAUCACUCAAGCAGAAGCUGAGGCCAGUCCUUCGGUUGUAUCAGGAUCUUGUUCUCAACAAGGAAAUUCGUUGAGGUGCUCGAGGUAGCAAGUGUGGUCUUAGCAACUGAGGUAAGGGUAAGGCUAAGCAGUGAGAAUGAAGAGCUCGAGGCGUGGACCGCAUGUUAGGGGGCUGGCACAGUAUUUUGCUUUUAAUGUUUUUAACUGCUAAACAUUUUGGAACUAUUAUUUUGACUUAACUAGUUCUUAUUUAAGUUUACAGUACUAAAAGUAUUUUGUUUUAAACAAUGAGAUCUCAUGCUUGGAUAUUUUUCAAUAAAGCAGUAUUUGAUUGUCUUUA